AUGAGCAGACUCAACAACGCUAUCAAGGCCGGUCAAACAGUCAUCGAACUGGGCCAAACCGCCAACACCUUUGCUGGUCACGCCAAUCAAUUCCGUGCCGCAGACAAGAAGGAAAUUGGUCGACAAGCCGGACGCCAUGCUUUCAACGAAGGAGCAGAAACAGGCAAGACCAUGGGUAAGACGUGGCUCAAGACUUUUGAGGUCAUGCCCCGUCUCAUCUGCCGAGGUCUGCAGUUCAUCUUUGCCAUCAUCGCCUGUGGCUUCUAUGGUCACCGGGUUGACAAGGCCGACGAUGGAGACUAUGGUUUCUCACCAGAGUGGUACUUUGCCCUCACCAUCGCUGGCCUCUCCGCCGCUACAUCCCUGAUCUUCGUCGCCAUCACACCCCUCGGCGCUCUCCCCCUCGUCGGCAGCAAGCUCAAGCUCCUCAAGACCUACCGCGCAUUCGCGUGGGAUCUCAUCCUCUUUAUCACCUGGCUCGUCGCUUUCGGCAUCUUCGCUGGCAUUUUCCUUGGACGAUCCAGUGAUGACAAGUACAAGGGUGCCAGCACGGGCCCAAUGAAGACAGCUGUCUGGAUCGACCUCGUCAACUCGAUCCUCUGGCUUACCUCUGGUGUUUAUGGUAGCAUCAAGACAUUCUUGGGCGACAAGGCAGAUGAGAUGACGGACAAGGUUGGACAGAAGCUGUUCACCAAGAAGCAGAAGCCAGCCAAGGAAGCUGACUAUGCCGAAAGUGUUUAA